CGCCCUGUCAUCAAAUUGCGGCUGUGUUUGGGUCCUUGUUUGAUUUCCCCCCUCCCCAACGGAGCCGCCCGGUCAUCGUCUAUCAGGGCCGGUCUAGAUCGACAACCAUUCAAGUUAUGCGGGGUUGAACUCCAUUCGCCUACGUGAAUGUUCCCUUGACUGUGAUUAGAUUCACAGAAUGCCAUUGAUCAUGGAACAGGGCCUCAAUGUCGAUGAUCUCUUUGGGGAGUCCGGCUCCCUCGAGCUGGGCCUGCCUGCGGGUCCACCCCCGACCAAAGGCUUAGCACAAUGCCAGGAUGAAAUGCGUCUCUUGGGAUGUCGCCAGAAGAUUGCGUGGUCCCGACUGGGAUGUAUCGCAUAUAUCUCCGCAGAUGGACUACAGGUCAAAUUGCGCCAUCUAAAUUCUAGCCUCUCCAAUGGACAAUGGGUCAUGAGCGAGGAAACUACGCUUGCCCCUGUCGCGGAGACCCAUGGCGGCAAUCUGCUCGUCCAUCUGUCCUGGAACGAGUCUGGUUCCGAAAUGGCGGUCGUGGACUGCCUGGGACGAAUCUCCAUAUAUUCAAUUUCAAUAGCCCUGAACAGUAUCACAGGUGUACGGCAGGCCCAUUUCGACUCCAGUGAUGAUAGCAAUCAAAUCGUUGGCAUGAUGUGGCUUAACACCCAGCGAAUGGUACAUGCCUUUCAUCAAGCAGCCAAAGUCAAUGGCCGAUGGGCUUACUCGCCAUUUCGUCGCCGCCCGAUUGGCCCCUUCAAUCCCGCCAACAAAGGUGCCUUGAUUUGUGUCACCCGAGCAGGCCAGAUCCGGCUCAUUUUCCAGAAUCCAGACAGCAAAUGGGCUGAGCUACCUGCAGAGUUAAAGAACACAGGAUACUCGGACAGACUUUUGACCCAUGCCUCUAUUGUUGCAACCCAAGCUGGUAUCUUGGUUGCAACCUACUCAGUAUGCCAGAAAAUAUGCCUUUACCGAGUACAGAUAUCUUGGAACCCUCCACAGUGGGAUACCACUCAAGGGAAACAGGCCCAAUUUCCCAUUCCAUCAUUCGCCUUCCUUCAUUGCAAGAUUGACAUGCCGAGUAGUAUCUUGGAUGUCAACCGGGGGCCCGAGGAACAAACAGAUAACCAAUUACCAUUUCACAAUUCCGUCUAUUCUUUGAAAUGGCUGGAAAUUAUGCCUGGCCAAAUCGAUAGCCCAACGGGAUCAACGGCCAAUCCUUGGAUCCUUGCUGUCUUUGCCAAGCCACUCCAUUCCACGCCUGAUUAUCCAGACCAACAAGGACCUUCGAGUGUCAUUGUUCGAUGGCAGUUGGAGAACGCCCCUCAAGCCUUCCACCCCAAAUUUGAUGAGGUCGCACCGAAAAAGAACAAUGCCCAGGUCAAGUCCAAGAUGGAGUUGCGUCGGCUAGAAGACAUCCAUUGCGAUAGAUAUAUCGUGUCAGUGGAUAUAGUGGAGCACGGAACUGCUUUGGCUGUCACGCAUGAUGAUAGUUCGAUCACAUUCUAUGAUACACGGACGAUGGCCGUUUUCAACGGGCUGGAUGAUGCCAGCACAGUGACCUGCCUAUCUCAAGCUGGUUUCCAGUACCAAAUGGACUCACCCGGUAUUGCAAUUGCCUUUUCUCCGAAUGCCUGCGUUGCCGUAACGCUGGAUGCAGAGGGGCAAACACAUAUGAGAUCGAUGGAUCACCCUUUUGGAUCCAACGAUGGUCUCUUCGAUGAUAGCAAAUUUUCAUCUGCCAUUGCGGCACUCACUCUUGCCUUCAGUCGUGGAUGUGGAGCCGAGGUGAACACAGACGAUAUUUUGAUGGUUGCUCUCAAGCAGCUCACACCCGAGGCCCAAUCAACCUUCAUUGGUGAAGUAUACCGUGCUUUGCCAGUUAAUUGUAACUUCACUGUCGAAACCGAAAAGCUCAUGACACACCCAUAUAUUCCUCGAUGUCUGAGCCUGCAGGCUGCUUUAGGCUACAAGGGAAGACUGAAGCGUCGGAACCUCCCAUCUGCUGUCCCUUGGGCUAUUAUUCAGCUUCGCCAUGCCGCCGUGCUAAUAGCAUACUUUUUCCAACAUGGGAACAAAGGCCAGAGCGAGGCCCAUGAUCCAGAAAUCCUACAAAUGCUUCUAGGCAAUAUCAAAUGGGUUCUAGACUUUACUCAUUUCAUCUUGAGCGAGGCGUUCGACCUCGCCGACGAAUUCGAUGCUCUCUUCACCGACCAAGAAGCCUUCACCCAGAAAUUGAAAACCGUUAAUUCCGUGUCCCUCGUUCUCCUGCUUUCAAGCAUGUCCCGCGCCUUCCUCCGAUUCAUCUGCCGUGGCCUCCGCGGCGUCCUAGGCGGCUUCACACAAACAAACCCAGCAUCCCUCCCCAGCGCCUCAAGAGUCUACUACACCGAAAUCUGCCAAAUCCUCGAGUCAUCCCCCGUCCGCAUUGACAUCUACGAAAAGUUCCUUGCAGGCGUCGACUCAGCCGUGAAACACGCCUACCAAGGCUCCGGCUUCGGAGAUGCAGAGAGACCAGGCCCAGAAAAGGAACUUCUCGUAAAUGGCCGGAUCCCGCCCGUUCUUGUGACAGCCGUCGUAACCCUCCUCCGACAGACAGUCCCUUCAAUGAAAGCAGAAAUUAACCGCAAAGAUAUCCUCCUCGGUGACUAUAGCUGGCUUGGAUUUGGAUCUGAUGCGCGUACGGCGAUGUAUCGUCGGCAUCGCGAUGUUGAUAUCCUGAAAAAAGUUCCUUUGCGACCGCCGCUUGCUGUUGGUCGGAAUGGGAGGGUUAUUCAGCAGCAGAGGAAACGGAGAUGUGUGCGUUGUGGUGAGGUCUCUGGUGAUGUGGCUUUGCCUAAAUCAUUGCCUUAUUUCAAGAUGAUUGCUAAGUUGAAUUUGUUGCGUUGUUGUCCGUGUGGAGGGUUGUGGAUGUUGGAGGCUGAGACUGGAGGUGAGAGGGGGAACAACUUGCAUGGGCAGCAUGUUUCUACUGUUAGGACACCGGCUGCUGUGGCUGUUGCAUUGGGGCACUAG